AUGACAAAAGAAGAAAUUAAAUAUAUUCUUGGGAUUGAAGGAAGUGCUAACAAACUUGGUGUAGGAAUUGUUACUUCAAAUGGAGAAGUAUUAAGUAAUUUAAGAGAUAGUUAUUAUGCUCCUUCAGGACAAGGAUUUCUCCCAAGACAAUUAGCUGAACAUCACCGAAAUAAUAUUUUAAGAUUAGUUAAAGAGGCAUUAGAAAAAGCAAAGCUAACACCACAACAAAUUUCAUUAAUUGCUUACACUAAAGGACCAGGAAUUGCUGCACCUUUAAUGGUAUGUGCUGUUGUAGCAAGAACACUUUCAAUCAUAUGGAAUAUUCCUUUAAUAGGAGUGAAUCAUUGUGUUGCCCAUAUAGAAAUGGGUAUGUUAGCAACAGGAGCAAAACAUCCAGUUUGUUUAUAUGUUUCAGGAAGUAAUACACAAGUAAUUGCAUUUUCAUUAGGUAAAUAUAGAAUAUUUGGAGAAACAAUAGAUAUUGCUGUUGGUAAUUGUUUAGAUCGAUUUGCACGAGAAGUUAUGUUACCAAAUGAACCAGCUCCUGGUUAUAAUAUUGAACAAAUGGCAAAAAAAGGAAAGAAAUAUAUAAAAUUACCUUAUGUUGUUAAAGGAAUGGAUAUUUCAUUAACUGGAUUAUUAACUUCAAUUGAAACAUAUAUCAAUAAACAUGAAAGUGUUGAAGAUCUUUGUUAUUCUCUUCAAGAAACAUUAUUUGCUAUGUUAGUUGAAGUAACUGAAAGAGCAAUGAGUCAAUGUAGUGCUAGUGAAGUUCUUGUUGUAGGAGGAGUUGGAUGUAAUGUUAGAUUACAAAAUAUGCUUAAAACAAUGGCAAAUGAAAGAGGAGCAACGUUAGGAGCAAUGGAUGAAAGGUACUGUAUUGACAAUGGAGCCAUGAUUGCAUGGACAGGAUAUCUAAUGUCUAAGAGUGGUCAGUUUACGCCUAUAGAAGAUGCAACAGUACAUCAAAGAUUUAGAACAGAUGAAGUUGAUGUUACAUGGAGAUAA